ACCAGUUCCUCAAAAGAUAAGAAAGUCUAGACUAAGCAUAAUAUGUUUCUAACUUGAAUUCAUUAUUAUUUUGUUUCACCAGUGGAAUGGAGGCAAAACAGCUUGUGUUUCAAUGUAUCAUCCUUUUAUCUAUUUUGCUACAAGUACAGGGGCAAUUUGACCCAAUAGCGUUCACCCUCGGUCAGGGUUAUCACAUGGACAUUUCAAAUGCAGCAAGUGCUACUAAAAUACCAUUUUCAUUGGUGAUUACAAACCAUCAUGAGGCACAUUUGAACGCAGGUGAAUUUACUUGCACGGAAAACGGACUGUACAAAUUCCAGGCUUACUCCCUCACAAAGAGCGAUUCGAGUCUGUUCCUCGAAAUAUAUGUUAAUAACAAGCUCCUUGCAUCACUUUGGGGACACACAAAGGGAGAUUACGCUUCCGCCGGAAAUGCCGUCAUAACUUCACUUGUUGUUGGGGACGUAGUCAGCGUAAAAACACGAAGCCAACACGCCGUUAAUAUAUAUGGGAAAUCUGGACAAAUUUAUACUACAUUCACAGGCGUUCAAAUAGAUACAGGGCGGUAUUCCAGCAUGUCAGCAUUCUCUGUUGGACUAACACAGCACCAAGAAGUCCACACAGGUCAAAGUGUCUUGUAUAAUAACAUUUUAACCGACACCAACACAGCUUAUAGCGCUUCAACCGGUGUUUACACAGUUCCAUCAAGUGGACUCUAUAUAUUUCACUUCUUCAGUUUAUCCCGUAAAAAUAAAGAACUUUGGCAAGAACUCUUCCACAACAACAUGUAUGUGUGCUCUAUAUACGGCCUUACCGACCAGGAUUGGACAGACGCUGGUAAUACCGUAUUACUCCAUGUGAAAGAGAAUGAUCAAAUUAGUGUGCGCGCGCAUCGAGACAGCAGCUUGUAUGGAACUUUUGAUCAGAUUUACUCGACUUUGUCAGGGGCUCAAUUAGUCAGAGAGGGUGAUAUGUCGUACGGUCCUAAACCAACUGUCGCGUUUUCUGUCGGAUUAUCCCAUCAUGUUACAGUCACUAGUCAUACCAAAAUCAUAUUUGAUCGAGUGUUCUUUGACUUUAACUCUGUGUACGAUAAAAGGACCGGAGAAUUCCUUGCUCCUAUUGGCGGUCUCUACGAGUUCAACUUUCACGCUCUUGGGAAGCGAGAUGGGAAAAUUUGGCUUGAGCUUUUCCAUAACUACAGGUACGUUGAUUCACUGUACAGUCAUACUCCCGGCCACUAUGCUACAGGUGGUAAUGCGGCAGUGUUAGAACUUGACGCUGGUGACGUUGUUUACGUCAACGCCAAUGGUGACGUAAACCUUUACGGCGCUCAUGACCAAAUCUACUGCACUUUCACCGGGUACUUGCUGUUUGCUACUGCUGAGUCGGUAGCAAUUGUAGGUUAAAUGUUUAUAUUCGUAUGUCAUAUAAGUAUCCUUGGAAUAAACCACACGGAAACUG